UUCGGAACGCAGACACAGAGCGCAGCGCCACACCGCCGCGCGCUCCUCAUCUGGAACCGCAUCAAAAAGGAAAGAAAAAAAAAGUAGUUUUUGAGUUUUUUUGUUUCUGGAAUUAACUCGACCAGAAGUCAAAGAGUUUCCAUCUCUAAAAAAGAAAGGAAAGGAAUUACCCGCCUGUUAAGAAAGUCGCAUUACUUUCCUGGAAGCUCGUGCGCGUUCGGCUGCGUCUCCAAAUUGGCACUCCGGCGGUUCUGAGCACUUUAGAGAGACAAAGUGGAAACUAACGUGCAAAGAUUGGAUUYCUUUUGGAUUAGACACACGCAAGGUCCAAAUAGAGACAGAGGAGGAAUCAUUUGGGAAACAAGUUGGGGAAAUUUGUUGAAUUCCUGAUAAACGAGGACAGAAAACAGUGAGGUGUUCUCAGAUGAUCACCAGAAGAAAACUAAAUCUAUGAGGAACUUUUCCUAUCCCUGUCAUCAUGGCAUUAGACAUCCAUGUGAAAUGUUCCUGCGCUUUUAAGUUGGGCUUUAAGAGACAUUAAAACAAAUGAAUUGUCUUUUUUUCCAGCACAACAAAGAAUAUUUCAACACUCUAUUCUUUAAGUUUAAUUUGGAACAAACUAUUCUUUUGUUGGUUUCAAUUUUUGUUUGAUUCCAACAUUUACAUCAAGACAAAUAUGUUUUUGUGAAUCAACUUUAAAACACCCAGACCCUUGUUGCGAGUCUUGGAGAAUUUUUCUUUUUUAAUUGUUCUUGGAUUUUCUUCUCCUGUUGUUUCCUUGCUACCAUUUUGAUUCUUCACUUAUACUCGACCAAACAACGUACCGAUUUCCUCUGACCCCCUCAUCCCCCCCCACACACACUUUUUUUCUUCUCCUUUCUCACCUUUUCAUUUCAAGCUGGUUCUCAGAAAGGCUCCAUCCUGGCCGGCACUAUWCCAGCUAAGGGGGAAGAGGACUUCCUCGCGCUGGCCGCUUCACGGCUCAGCCGCAGGAAACGUGUUAUAGUGGCCGCUGUAGGUGUGGCCAUGGUCCUAAUUUUGUUGGUGGCCAUUCCGCUGCUGGUCCACACGACCAAAGGGGGCACCAGUGGAAGCGCGGGGAGCCAUUACGAGAUGCUUGGAAGCUGCAGGAUGGUGUGUGACCCUUACUCUACUUCACAGCCAGGUCAAGAGCUGACAGGCGUGUCCCCACCUCCCCAGGAUUACACUGGAAAGAGGAUGAAGCCCGGACUAAGGGGGCCUCCGGGGAUCCCUGGCCCUCCAGGAGAGCGGGGACCCCCUGGAGAGCCAGGCAAAGCUGGGCCACAGGGGCCACCCGGACCAGGCCCUGGAGGCUAUUCUCCUGCAAUCUACACUCCCAAAAUUGCGUUCUAUGCAGGGCUCCGCAAGCAGCACGAGGGCAAUGAAAUACUGAAAUUUGAUGAUGUGGUGACCAAUGUAGGUAACUACUACGAGCCCAGCACUGGCAAGUUCACCUGCCCCCUGCCUGGCAUCUAUUUUUUCACCUACCAUGUUCUAAUGAGAGGUGGUGAUGGGACUAGCAUGUGGGCAGACCUGAGGAAGAAUGGACUGGUGAGAGCAAGCGCCAUCGCUCAGGACGCCGAUCAGAAUUACGACUACGCCUCCAACAGCGUGAUCCUGCAUUUGGAUGUAGGCGAUGAGGUGUGUGUGCAGCUGGACGGAGGGAAGGUCCACGGAGGAAACCAGAACAAGUACAGCACCUUCUCUGGCUUCCUCAUUUACCCGGACUGAAAUCAAUUUACAGAGAGAGAGAGAGAGAGAGAGAGAGGGAGAGGCAGGAGGAAAAACAACAUACAAAGUGACACAACAGAUGUGUACAGUAUGCAAAUUAUUGCACAUGAAAGUAAUGGACACACAUGCAUGCAUUCCAGCAAACACACACACACAUACAUAUCUGCAUAGAGAUAAAAAUUAUUCAAAAGGAUUGAGAUAAAAUAAGACAUAUACCAAAUUAUCUGAAUGRAAUCUGCAAAUGGCACCUUUUUGUGUGCAAACAUGAAUCCCAGAAUAUGUAGCCACUAKAGAUGCAAAUAACUAUUACACACUGAGUCUCUGAAAUAUCUCGAACAUUAUAAUGAAUUCUGUAUUACCUGACAUUUGUGAGAAUUAAAAAUAUAACAAAGACACCCAGUUUGAUCAUUGUAAUGCAAUAAAAGUGUCGAUUCUUUUUGUCCACACAUUCUAAAUCUCUCUAAUUGAACAUUCUGCCUGUUUUACACCUAAAUACAGAAAAACAUUAGUGCAAAGAAAUUUUAAAUAAAUACGACUAAUUGUGAUGAAUUAAUACUUUGUUGUGAUCCAAUCUAUAGCGAAACAAAACUGAAAUAAACACUUAUUUUAUUUGUUUUUUAUGCUCACAUGUUGAACAAAACUGAUGAAAAGACAACACUCCAAACAUAUUUUCCAGUGUGAAWCUGUGUGUAAUUGUGUUUUAACUGCCAAAAGCAAAAUUGAUAACAAAACUGUGCGAGUGUGUGGAUGAUGAAUAUGUAAAUAUGUCAGAUAAUAGAGUAAAAGUCAGGUUUAUGUGUUUUACUUUCAUUCAGUGUUGUAUAUAAAGUCAGACACUUUCCUUUAAAAUGCCCUGUCUACUUUAUUUUUAAAGAAACCCUGUUAAAAUAUCAUUAUGUGUAAACUUACUAACUUUCACACCAACUAYCUGGUAUAUCUAAGAGGUUGAGUGACCAAUUACUAUUAAAACAUCCACAUCAACUUUU